CAUCCAGGUCGCUGCAAAUGCUAUUCAUUCAUUCCUUUUUAUGGCUGAGUAGUAUUCCAUCAUAUAUAUAUAUAUAUAUAUAUAUAUAUCUAUACACACCACAGUUUCUUUACCGACUCGUUGAUUGAUGGGCAUUUAGGUUGGUUCCAUGAUUUCGCAAUUGUGAAUUGUGCUGCUAUAAACAUGCAUGUGCAAGUAUCUUUUUUGUAUAACGACUACUUUUCCUCUGGGUAAAUACCCAGUAGUGGGAUUGCUGGAUCAAAUGGUAGUUCUACUUUUAGUUCUUUAAGGAAUCUCCACACUCCUUUCCGUAGUGGUUGUACUAGUUUACGUUCCCACCAGCAGUGUAGAAGCGUUCCCUGAUCACCGCAUCCAUGGCAACAUCUACUGUUUUUUUAUUAUGGCCAUUCUUGCAGGAGUAAGGUGGUAUCGCAUUGUGGUUAUGAUUUACAUUUCCCUCAUCAUUAGUGGUGUUGAGCUUUUUUGUCACGUUUUCAUGUUUGUUGGCCAUUUGUAAAAGUUUUUUUUUUUUUUGAGACAGUCUCGCUCUGUCGCCCAGGCUGGAGUGCAGUGGCGUGAUCUCGGCUCACUGCAAACUCCGCCUCCUGGGUUCACGCCAUUCUCCUGCCUCAGCCUCCCAAGUAGCUGGGAUUACAGGUGCCUGCCACCGCGCCUGGCUAAUUUUUUUGCAUUUGUACAUCUUUUGAGAAUUGUCUAUUCAUGUCCUUAGCCCACUUUUUGAUGGGAUUGUUUUUUUCUUACUGAUUUAAGUUUGUUGGAGAUUCUGGAUAUUAGUCAUUUGUUAGACAUACAGAUUGUGAAGAUUUUCUCCCACUCUGUGGGUUGUCUGUUUACUCUGCUGACUGUUCCUUUUGCCAUGCAAAAGCUCUUUAGUUUAACUAAGUCCCGGCUAUUUAUCUUUGUUUUUAUUGCAUUUGCUUUGGGUUCUUGGUCAUGAAAUCCUUGCCUAUGCCAAUAUCUAGAAGGGUUUUUCCGAUGUUAACUUCUAGAAUUUUUAAGUUUCAGGUCUUAUAUUUAAGUCCUUAAUCCAUCUUGAGUUGAUUUUUGUAUAAGAUGAGAGAUGAGGAUCCAGUUUCAUUCUCCUGUGUGUGGCUAGCUGAUUAUCCCAGCACCACUUGCUGAAAAGGGUGUCCUUUCCCCACUUUGUUUUUGUUUGCUUUGUCAAAGAUCAGUUGUCUGUAAGUAUUUGGGUUUAUUUCUCUGAGUUCUCUAUUCUAUUCCAUUGGUUUAUGUGCCUAUUUUUAUACCAGUACCAUGCUGUUUUGGUGACUGCAGCCUUAUAGUAUAGUUUGAAAUCAGGUAGUGUGACAUCUCCAGAUAUGUUCUUUUUGCUUAAUUAGUCUUACUUUGGCUAUGUGGGCUCUUUUUUGGUUCCAUAUGAAUUUUAGAAUUGUUUUUUCUAAUUCUGUGAAGAAUGAUGGUGGAGCCUUAUUUCUUAUUUUACUGCCUUUUUAUGGUCAUUUUUAAGUAAAUAGCAUGGUGUGUUUACAAAGAAUGUUCUGCAGAUGUUCAUUGUAGUGUUCUGUUAAUGCUAAUUGAAUGAGUUAAAAUUGUGUUCAAAUUCAAUAUAGCCUAAGUAAAUUUGUGUGUGUACCCACAUCAUCUAUCAACUGUGGAGAGAGACUUGGCAAAAACUCUCAUUUUGAUGGUAGAAUGUCAGUUUUUUUCUUGUUAAUUCUUUUGAUUUUUGCUUUAUUUCAGUGUGAUAAUAUGUGGAUUAUGUCCAUUUGGUGAUUUGAACCUUUAACAUCAUGUAGGAGCACUCUUUAUCUUUAGUAAUAUUCUUUGCUUCCAAGUCUAUUUUGUCUGAUACUCAUUUAGCAGUUUUAUUUUGGUGAGUAGUCACCUAGUAUAUCUUUCUAUUCUUAUUGUCAACCUUUUUUGUAUCCUUAUGUUUUAGGUGUGUUUCUUAUAAACAACAUAUAGCUGAGUUUCUUAAAAGUUACUCUGGCAGUCUUUGAAUUUUACUUGAAGCAUUGCCUUCUUUUCAUUUUCAUUGUUACUAUAGAGUGAUAUUUUGUGCUAUAUAUCAAGUUUUUUUCCUCCAUUUUUUAGGAUUGAUUAUUGUUUCGUUUUUUGUCCAUUAUUAGUUUGAAAGUUAUAUAUUUAUUUUUUCUGCUCUCAGUGAUUACUCUCGACAUUUUAAUGCACUCACCUAACUUACAAACUUCUAAAGUUAGUUUCUUCCUACUUGAUACAAGCCACUUUAGAAUACUUCGAUAAACUCUGGAGUCAUUAUUGUGUUUGAACUAUAUAAUUUUAAGCCCCUAUGGUACACCAUAACUAUUAUUUAUCUAACCAAUGCUUAGUUUUACUCCCACUUACACUUGUUUUUUGCUCAUUAUUUCUUCUUCAUUUUGGACUGUCUCAAUUUCCUUUUGCCUAAAGUACAUCUUUUCAAAUUAUUUUAAUGAAAGACGGUAGCUAACUCUUACUUUUUUCUGUCUGAAAAUGUUUUAUUUUGACUUUGUUCUUGAAAAAAAAGUCCACUUGUUAUAGAAUUUUAAAUCAACACUUUAAAACACAAGAAUUACGAUUUCUUUGCAUUCUGGCUUUCAUUGUAGCUAUUACGUCAACUGACAGCCAUUCCUUUGAAGGUCAUCUGUCUUUUACUUCUGUGUGCUUUAAAGAUUUCAUCUUGACGUUGUUAAUAUUCUUGUCUUGGCACUGUUAAUUUUCUGUAGUUUGAUAUAAUGUGCUUGGGUAUGAAUUUCUUUUCAUUUAUUCUGCCUAUUGUAGCUGUGCGGGUUCAUCUCUUUCAUCAGUUCUAGAAAUUCUUGGCUGUGUUUUUUCUUACAAAUGUUGUCUCAACUUUAUGUUUCUCAGCAUUGAAAUCUAGAUUUCCUUAGAUAAUAUCUUCUUAUCACGAAUCUUCUCUUUAGUUGCUUUAAAUCUGCUGUUAAACCUUUACAUUGAGUUUUAAUGUUUGUUGUAUUUUAGUUUAUAGUUCUGUGUUUUCAAGUCUGCCUGUUUGUUUUUAUGGUCUUCUACUCUUUAUUAAUAUGUUCAACUCUGUAAACAUACUGCCUAAUUCUAUUCUAUGUUGGAUUCCAGUAUGUGAACGCUCAAAGUGGGCUCAUGUUCAUAAGGUGUGAUGGCUAGCUUUCAUAACACUGUUUCUGUUUCUUUUGUAUUUUGUGGGUUUUGACUGAGCUUGUAUUGUAAACUGUGGGAAUUAUUAGAGGCCCCAGGUUGUUUUUGCCAAGGAGCACUGCCAACUUAUGACCUUUUUAAAUGCUCCACCUACAAGUUUUUUGUGCCAUCCAAGUAGAGUGGCCCGAAAAUCCAUGUGAAGGCUACUUUGGAGAUAGCACGCCUCCAGGAAGAUUUGUUUGCUGCCUCCCCAUAGCAAGCUUUGAAAUAGGUCAUUUUACUUGUGUCUUCUGGGUUGUAUAGGUAGGUGGGUGGGUGGAAGUGGAGGCAGGGGGCAGAAUUAUUUCUAGUUCAUCCUUAAGAUAUGGCUAUGGCUUUAUACAGGAGAUUUUUGAAAUAAGACUCUCUCAUAAGAAGGGACUUUUCUUUUUCCUGUAUCCCUGCUACUCCAAUUCCUGCAGUUCUUUUCACAGGUUGAACAGACAGUUUCAAGCUGCAUCGGCCUUCAUUGUUUACCCACCUUGCUGGCUUCUUAUGUUCACUUCAUUUUUUGGACUCUUGUAUAUGUCUUACUGAUUUCCUCAGUAAUAGCACAUUGAUGCAUUUAUACAAUUUUAAAGGUAUUUUAAUAAAUUAGCGCAUUUAGUCGUUUUCAGCUGGAAAGUUGUCCUAAGUCACUGUCCAAAAGGACUUCCGAUCAUGAGCAGGGCCAUGCCUUGCAGUUCUUAGUCCUGUACUGACAGUUGGUAAUCAGUAGAUUUUUUUUUUUCAUUCAACGUAAGUUUAGGUUUCUAAAGUGGAAAGUUUUUUGUAUUUUUUUUUUUCUGUAAAAAAAAUGCUUUAUGGGCCGGGUGCGGUGGCUCACCCCUGUAAUCCCAGCACUUUGGGAGGCCAGAGCGGGUAGAUCACAAGGUCAGGAGAUCGAGACCAUCCUGGUCAACAUGGUGAAACCCUGUCUCUACUAAAAUACAAAAAAUUAACCAGGUGUGGUGACAGGCACCUGUAAUCCCAGCUACUCAGGAGGCUGAGGCAGGAGAAUCGCUUGAACCUGGAAGGCAGAGGUUGCAGUGAGCCAAGAUCGCGCCAUUGCACUCUAGCCUGGCAACAGAGUGAGACUCCAUCUCAAAAAAAAAAAAAAAAAAGCUUUAUGAAUGCAGAUUUUUUUUUAUAAUUCGAACUGAAAACAAGGCACAAAAACUUGCAGAAUUUUUUCCCUUCGACCUAAUUAUUAUACACCCUUAGCUCAAUGACUUUUAGAACCGCAUGUCUUGCCUUUUUCUCCCUCCUGAACUUACAUAUUUCUGAGUCCCUACCCUUUUUAAGUCUACUUUAUGAAUGCAAGAUAUUUUUAUAUUUUUGUAUUUUAUAUAUUUUAUAUUAUUUAUAUUUUUUGUAUUUUAUAUUUUGAACUGCAAACAAGGCACAAACCUGCAGGUCUUGUCUAUGUCCUCCAAAUCACAGGCACUGCCAAGAGCAUAGUGAUUGUUGGGGGGGAUUUAAAGGAAUAAAUUUCCUUUUUUGGCUUUAUUGGUAUACUUGGACAAUAAAAGUCAUGUGAACAAUGUCAAAUGUAAAGUUUAAAAUAAAUCAUUCUUGUUCAUGGAGAUUAGUUUUGUUUUUUAGAUCUUUUUACAUUUUAAUCUCCCCAAAAUCACAUAUUUAGAUAUGAACAUUUUGCCAAAAGAGGGCAGUAUUCGCCUACAGUAGAAUGUAAAGGGACUGAAACAUUUCUGCAGAGAGAAGGAUGAACUUAUUUUCCUCCUAAGAUUGGUCUACUAGUCUGAUCAUCUGGGAUUGACCAUGCAAGUUUUAAUUUGUUUUCUAUUACUUUUAUGGAUUUAAAACAUUUUUGUUUGAAAAUGUUAGUCUUUAAAGAUAAAGCCAAAAAUCUGUUUAAAAAUACCUGCUUACAGAAUGACCAAAAAGUAGAUGUUUUCAUAUUUAUUAAGUUUUCACACACAUCCUCAACGAGGUGCUGCUCACUUCAGGGAAAGAUGGCCAGUUCAAACUGCUGAUGAAAAGUCUGCAACCAGCAAGACCACUGCUGCCAGUGUGUCCUGAGGGAGCUUGCAUCUGUUUGACUUUACAUAUACAUACUUAGGUUUGUCCAUCAGUUGUAUCCUCUUCAAGGAGGUAUGUGAGUUCAUGGUUUUAAGCAUAUAAAUUUAAACGUUAAAGGAAGAAAUCAGAAGUAGCCCGUUUGAGUCUUACUUGAGUGAAAUGUGUUGGGUUUCAGCAGCAGAAUAUAUAGAAGGAAAUGAAACAAUUUUUUUUAAAGAGCAUAGUUUGGAAUAAAGAAAGAAUAUGUGCACCUAGAUGAACGAAUUAGAACUCUGCCUGCCCUUUAGGGUUUGGUAAUGUUACCAGAUAAAAAAGAAGAAAAGCUGUUCUGCAUUGUUUCAAUACAUUCUUAAUCAACUUGGGCUUCAAAAGGACAGCUGGAGGCUAAGAGGCCGGGUUUUUCAUCAAAUGCGCAGUGGAAGUAAUUUUGGAAAAGUUUGUUUGCAUUAUGCUGCCUAAAACACGGUGUUUUAGGAAGAGGCUUUUGCAUUGAAAAGCUUCUCGUCCUCGCCUCUGGGAGUCUAGUGCUUCAUAGAGCUGCUUGUGCCCUCAGCCCUGUAAUGUGAUAUCCCUCCUCCUGGAUUGGUCAGAGGGGUGUCCUUUCCCUGGGAGCUGCUUUCCACCACGGCUCCCAAACUUGGCUCAGUCCAGCAGCCACCAUCACCACCACUGCGGUUGCUGCUGCAGCUGCGGCUGCUGCUCUCCCUCCGGCUGCUUCUUCGCGUGGCCAGCAGCGAAUGGAGCGAUGGAGCCCAGACUGUUCUGCUGGACCACUCUCUUUCUCCUGGCCGGGUGGUGCCUGCCAGGGUUGCCCUGCCCCAGCCGGUGCCUUUGCUUUAAGAGCACCGUCCGCUGCAUGCACUUGAUGCUGGACCACAUUCCUCAGGUACCACAGCAGACCACAGUUCUAGACUUGAGGUUUAACAGAAUAAGAGAAAUUCCAGGGAGCGCCUUCAAGAAACUCAAGAAUUUGAACACACUUCUGCUGAACAACAACCACAUCAGAAAGAUUUCCAGAAAUGCUUUUGAAGGACUUGAAAAUUUGCUAUAUCUGUACCUGUAUAAGAAUGAAAUCCAUGCACUAGAUAAGCAAACAUUUAAAGGACUCAUAUCUUUGGAACAUCUGUAUAUUCAUUUCAACCAACUAGAAAUGCUACAGCCAGAGACCUUUGGAGACCUUCUGAGAUUAGAGCGACUAUUUUUGCAUAACAACAAAUUAUCUAAAAUUCCGGCUGGGAGCUUUUCUAAUCUGGAUUCAUUAAAAAGAUUGCGUCUGGAUUCCAACGCCCUGGUUUGUGACUGUGAUCUGAUGUGGCUGAAGGAGCUUUUACAAGGCUUUGCCCAACAUGGCCACACCCAGGCUGCGGCUACCUGCGAAUAUCCCAGGAGACUCCAUGGGCGUGCAGUUGCUUCAGUAACAGUAGAGGAAUUCAAUUGCCAGAGCCCCCGAAUUACUUUUGAGCCCCAGGAUGUGGAGGUACCAUCAGGAAAUACUGUCUACUUCACCUGCCGGGCGGAAGGAAACCCCAAACCUGAGAUUAUUUGGAUACACAACAACCACUCAUUGGAUUUGGAAGAUGAUACUCGACUUAAUGUGUUUGAUGAUGGCACACUCAUGAUCCGAAACACCAGAGAGUCAGACCAAGGUGUCUAUCAGUGCAUGGCCAGAAAUGCCGCUGGGGAAGCCAAGACACAGAGUGCCAUGCUCAGAUACUCCAGUCUUCCAGCCAAACCAAGCUUUGUAAUCCAGCCUCAGGACACAGAGGUUUUAAUUGGCACCAGCACAACUUUGGAAUGUAUGGCCACAGGCGACCCACACCCUCAUAUCACUUGGACCAGGGACAACGGAUUGGAGCUGGAUGGAUCCAGGCACGUGGCAACGUCCAGUGGACUUUACUUACAGAACAUCACACAACGGGAUCAUGGUCGAUUUACCUGUCAUGCCAACAAUAGCCACGGCACUGUUCAAGCUGCAGCAAACAUAAUUGUACAAGCUCCUCCACAAUUUACAGUAACCCCCAAGGAUCAAGUGGUGCUGGAAGAACAUGCUGUAGAGUGGCUCUGUGAAGCUGACGGCAACCCACCUCCUGUUAUUGUCUGGACAAAAACAGGAGGGCAGCUCCCUGUGGAAGGCCAGCAUACAGUUCUCUCCUCUGGCACUUUGAGAAUUGACCGUGCAGCACAACACGAUCAAGGCCAAUAUGAAUGUCAAGCAAUCAGUUCGUUGGGGGUGAAAAAGGUGUCUGUGCAGCUGACUGUAAAACCCAAAGCUCUUGCAGUGUUUACUCAACUUCCUCAGGAUACAAGUGUCGAGGUUGGAAAGAAUAUAAACAUUUCAUGUCAUGCUCAAGGAGAACCACAGCCCAUAAUUACUUGGAAUAAGGAAGGUGUGCAGAUUACUGAGAGUGGUAAAUUCCAUGUGGAUGAUGAAGGCACGCUGACUAUCUACGACGCAGGGUUCCCUGACCAGGGAAGAUAUGAAUGUGUGGCUCGGAAUUCUUUUGGCCUUGCUGUGACCAACAUGUUUCUUACAGUCACGGCUAUACAGGGUAGACAAGCUGGCGAUGACUUUGUUGAAUCUUCCAUUCUUGAUGCUGUACAGAGAGUUGACAGUGCAAUUAACUCCACACGAAGACAUUUGUUUUCACAAAAACCUCACACCUCCAGUGACCUGCUGGCUCAGUUUCAUUACCCGCGUGACCCACUGAUUGUGGAAAUGGCCAGAGCAGGGGAGAUUUUUGAGCACACGCUGCAGCUGAUACGGGAACGUGUGAAGCAGGGGCUCACUGUGGACUUGGAAGACAAAGAAUUCCGAUACAAUGACUUGGUGUCCCCGCGCUCCCUCAGCCUCAUCGCCAAUUUAUCUGGAUGCACAGCUCGCAGGCCUCUGCCAAACUGCUCCAACCGGUGUUUCCAUGCGAAGUACCGCGCCCACGACGGCACGUGCAACAACCUGCAGCAGCCCACGUGGGGCGCGGCGCUGACCGCCUUCGCGCGCCUGCUGCAGCCAGCCUACCAGGACGGCAUCCGCGCGCCCCGCGGGCUCGGCCUUCCUGUGGGCUCCCGCCAGCCCCUCCCGCCGCCCCGGCUGGUCGCCACAGUGUGGGCGCGCGCGGCGGCCGUCACCCCCGACCACAGCAACACGCGCAUGCUCAUGCACUGGGGCUGGUUUCUAGAGCACGACUUGGACCACACAGUGCCUGCGCUGAGCACAGCCCGCUUCUCCGAUGGGCGGCCGUGCAGCUCCGUCUGCACCAACGACCCUCCUUGCUUCCCCAUGAACACCCGGCACGCCGACCCCCGGGGCACCCACGCGCCCUGCAUGCUCUUCGCGCGCUCCAGCCCCGCGUGUGCCAGCGGCCGUCCCUCUGCGACGGUGGAUUCAGUCUAUGCACGAGAGCAGAUCAACCAGCAAACAGCCUACAUCGAUGGCUCCAACGUUUACGGGAGCUCGGAGCGGGAAUCCCAGGCUCUCAGAGACCCUUCGGUGCCUCGGGGUCUCCUGAGGACAGGCUUUCCUUGGCCUGCCUCCGGAAAGCCCUUAUUGCCCUUUUCUACAGGCCCACCCACCGAGUGCGCGCGACAGGAGCAGGACAGCCCCUGUUUCCUGGCCGGGGACCACCGGGCCAACGAGCAUCUGGCUCUGACCGCCAUGCACACCCUGUGGUUCCGGGAACACAACAGGGUGGCCACGGAGCUGUCCGCCCUGAACCCCCACUGGGAGGGAAAUACGGUUUACCAGGAAGCCAGGAAGAUCGUGGGCGCGGAGCUGCAGCACAUCACCUACAGCCACUGGCUGCCUAAGGUCCUGGGGGACCCUGGCACUAGGAUGCUGAGGGGUUACCGAGGCUACAACCCCAACGUGAAUGCGGGCAUCAUUAACUCUUUUGCUACUGCAGCCUUUAGAUUUGGCCACACAUUAAUCAAUCCUAUUCUUUACCGACUGAAUGCCACCUUAGGUGAAAUUUCCGAAGGCCACCUUCCGUUCCAUAAAGCGCUCUUUUCACCGUCCAGAAUAAUCAAGGAAGGUGGGAUAGACCCGGUUCUCCGGGGGCUGUUUGGCGUGGCUGCUAAAUGGCGGGCACCCUCCUACCUUCUCAGUCCUGAGCUGACCCAGAGGCUCUUCUCCGCGGCUUAUUCUGCGGCCGUGGAUUCGGCUGCCACCAUCAUUCAAAGGGGUAGAGACCACGGGAUCCCACCAUAUGCUGACUUCAGAGUUUUCUGUAAUUUGACUUCAGUUAAGAACUUUGAGGAUCUUCAAAAUGAAAUUAACGAUUCAGAGAUUAGACAAAAACUGAGAAAGGACAGUGCCCUCGGAUGCCAUCUCAGAUUACAGAUGUCUUUGCUGUCAUAAAACCAUGCCGCUUUGUAUUGGAUUAUCAUUUUAAGGUAUGGAACAAAUGUUUAACAUUAGGUUUGGGGGCGAAGGUUGACAAGUGAAAUGACAUACCAAAGCUAUUAAUACAGAAGCUGCUUUAUAAUCUUACUAAUGACCAAUUAUAACCACAAAAGAAGAGCUACAAUGUCUACGAUUGAAAAAGUUAAAAAAAAAAUAGAAUUGACAUUCUCCAGAGUAAUGCAGAUGAAUUAAUAAGAAAUGUUUUGAGAGCUUAUGGAUCUCAGACUUCCGUCUAAGGAAAGUGGAGAGGAUUUAUUUUUCCAGACAUAGGCUCUACAUGAUUAAUAAGUUACUUAUAUAGGAUGUGCACGAAGACUCCCAACAUUUCUUGGAGCUGCUGUGGUGAGCCAUGGUAAAGUAAUAUAGAACAAUAAGGAUAGGAAUAGUUAAUGUUUAGCUGAAUUAUUUAAGACAUGAGAAACAGAUCAAUGAUGAAGAACUGAAAUUAACAAAGCCAGGAUUAUACUCUCUGGGAAAGUUCAAUGUUCUAACUUCUAAAACUUCUAAGUACUAUUUUUUUCUGGACUCUUAUAGUUCAUAGACAUAAAUCUGACCCUAUGUAACUUUCUGAUUUCCAUUAUUAUUAUUUCUCAUAUUCUGCAUAAUUUAAUUCUAACCAUUCAGAGAUCAAUAUAUCUUUUUUUUAAACUUAUUUUAAAGAAGUAAUGCAGGGGUGUAUGAUAAGUCUCUGUACCUUUCACUCAGUUUUGCUGUGAACCUAAAACUGCUGUACAAAAUCAAGCCUAUUAAAAAAUUAAUUGAAGGGUCUCUUCAAAGAUACAUUAAAAUUACAUUAUACUAAAAAUAAGCAGGUGUAAGAUUUAGGACAAUAGUCUCAUUUUUGGCAGGCAAAUUGUUUUAAAAAUUAGGAGUGAAUUUAGCAUAAAGUCAAUGGAAGGUCAUAAUUAUAUUAGUUUUCUAGGCUGUCGUAACAACGGACCACACACUGGGUGGCUUAAGACAUCAGAAGUUUAUCAUCCCACAGUUCUGGAGUCUGGAAGUCUGGAAUCAAGGUGUCAGCAGGGCCACGCUUCCUCAGGAUCUUGGAGGAGAGAAUCCUUUGCUUUUCCUAGUUUCUGGUGGUUUCCCAGCAACCCUUGGUUUCCCUGGCUUGCAGCUGCAGUGCCUCAGUCCCUGCCUCUGCUGUAGGACAGCAUUCUCACUCUCGGUCUCUGUUCAAACUGCCCUUUUAAAGAUAAGGACACCAUGGCCCGGAGCGGUGGCUCACGCCUAUAAUCCCAGCACUUUGGGAGGCCAAGGCGGGCAGAUCACAAGGUCAGGAGAUCGAGACCAUCCUGGGUUAACAUGGUGAAACCCCGUCUCUGCACAUGUAUACAUAUGUAACAAACCUGCACGUUCGUGCACAUGUACCCUAAAACUUAAAGUAUAAUAAUAAAAAAAUUCACUAUUGUUAUGAAAGUUAAAGUCAGCAGUAGCCAUAAUUUAGCAGUUAACCUGUCAUUAGUGUUUCUAUUUUUCUUAUUAAAUCAUAUCUUUUGGGCCUCUGGUCAAAAAAAAAAAAAUUAGCUGGGCGUGGGGAUGGGUGCCUAUAGUCCCAGCUACUCAGGAGGCUGAGACAGGAGAAUGGCAUGAACCCGGGAGGUGGAGCUUUCAGUGAGCCGAGAUUGCACCACUGCACUCUAGCCUGGGCGACAGAGUGAGACUCUGUCUCAAAAAUAAAUAAAUAAAUAAAUAAAUAAAUAAAUAAAGACACCAGUCAUAUUGGAUCAGGGUCCACCCUAAUGACCUAAUCUUAACUUGAUUACAUCAGCAAAGAUCCUACCUCCAAAUAGUAUUACCAUAUUAGCAGAUACUGGGGGGCAGUACUUCCCCAUGUUAAUAUCUUUUCAUGGGAACACAACUCAACUCAUAGCAAUAAUUAAAAUUUAGUUCUUACCUAACAAAAUAUUGUUUACUUAUUUUGGAGGUUGGUGCAGCCUUGGACAAAUUUUUUUUUUUUACUCAUUUUAUUGGAAACACAGGAUAAGACACAGAACAAUAAAGAGAAACAAAAUGCUUUGGCAAAAGACUCUAGAAGACCUAAGUGGGAAAGAAGAUUUUCAGAAAAAGUUUUGACAUAUGCUCUUCAAUCAAACCUAGUGUUCCAUUUAUAAAUGUAAUUUGGGAGGUUCCAAAGGCCCAUGGAGUCAUUUAGGGAAUGCAAAAGAAGGAACACUAUCUAACUUACUUUCUCAGGCCAGUAACAUUUUGAUAUUAAAAUAAACAAUAACAGUACGAGGCAAGGAAAUUUACAAGACAACAUCUCAUAUAAAUGUAUAUAAAAAUUAUAAACAAAGCAUUGAAAACUCAAGUUGAAUGCCAUAUAUACGUACAUAUAUAACAUGAUCAUAAUAGGUUCGUUUCAGUAAUAUAAUUAGUCCAAGAUUUUUAAAGUGUUGAUAUAAUUUAGAUCAUAAGCUGAUUGAAAAAGAAAAAGGUGAUUAUUUCAGUAUUGGCAGAAAAAAACAUUCCAUGUAAAAUGCAACAUUUCUCUAGAAUUUAAGAAAGGCUGUUAGAAUUCUAGGAAAAAUGAAACAUACUAACUAAAUAAAGAACAUCUCGAAAAUACAUUGUAAGCAUUAAUUGUUAGAAGCAUUCCAUUUAAAAACAUGAAUAGACAUAAAUGGCAGCAACUUCAAAAUUGUAUUGAAAAGUAUAAUCAAGACAAUAACAUAAGAAAAAGAUAAAGAUCAGAAAGGAUAAAACUGCCAUAUUACUUUUUUUUUGCAAAUACUCUAUGUAGUAAAUGGGAAUGAAUAUAAAGAAAAAUUGCUCUUCCAAAGAGAAGAAAAGGUAAAGAAGAAGUCUAACAAGUUGUGCAUUGUGUUGUAAUGAUAAUUAAAAGACUUACAGAUAGUUAUUAAAGAGUGGAGACAACGAACAUUCUCAGGUGUAGAAAGAUUGAGUAAUAUUGAUAGGUCAGUACUUCCCACAAAUGAUAUACUUAUUGUAGUGCCAAUGAAGAGCUUAGUAGUGCUUCUUUGUGGCAUCAAUAGCUGAUUUUAAAAUUAAACUGGUAAAGCUGAUGGCCAAGAGGAACAUGGUAGGGUGGCUUGAUGUUCCAGUUAGCAACCCUUCCUAUAAAGCAAACUUGUCCAACCUGCAGCUUGUGGGAGGCACGCAGCCCAGGAUGGCUUUGACUGUGGUCCUAUACAAAUUCAUAGACUUUCUUAAAAUACUAUGAGUUUGUGAUUUUUUUUUUUUUUUAGCUCGUCAGCUAUUCUUAGUGUAUUUUAUGUGUGGCCCAAGACAAUUCUUCUUUUUUCAAUGUGGCCCAGGGAAGCCAAGAGAUUGGAUGCCCUGAUAUAAAGCUUUUAGUAAUUAAGACAAUAGAAUAGAAUAGAAAGCCACAAGAAAAAGGGCUCAUAUAUGGAAAUAUCCUAUUUGAAAGAGCUGCAAGAAACAUUAGUGAGAAGUGAGGACAUAUUCAGUAAGUGGUGCGAUACCAAGUGGCUACCCUUGGAUUAAAAAUGAGUAUGGAUUCUGAUCUCAUCUCAUAUAUGAAAAUCAAUUCCAGAUAGAUAUGGGAAUUAAAUCUGAGAGGCAAAAUUUUAACUUCACAAAAAAUAAAAGAGAAUAUCUCUAUGGCAUUGGGGAAAGAAAGAAAUUUUUAGUAAGGUACAAAAAAUUGUAAAAUUGAUAUAAAAAUUGAUAAAAUAACCUUAAGAUUAAGAAAAUAUUUUCAUCAGAAUCUAACAUAAUGAGAAUGAUUAAAAGCACCACAAAUACAAGGAAUACAUUUGGACAUAGAUCACAGUAUUAGCAUUCAGAAUAUAUAGAGAAUUAACAGUAAAAAAAAAAACCAAUUAAAAAAGGGUAAAAAGUAUAAAUACACAUUUCACGUAAGAAAAAAACUAAAUUUUCAAUCAACACGUAGAAGAUAUUCAAUUGUAUAAUUAAUUAGGAAGAUCCAGAAUCAUAAUGAAACACCAUUUCACACCCCUCAGAUUACCAAAAAUUUUUUGAAAAAGACGUAUUUUCAGGUUAGCCCUAGGAAAAUAAUUGUCCCUUACUUGUAAAUCUCUCACCACAGCCUUUUCCAAAUCUGUAAGGUCAACAAAGAGAACACAAAAUAACAAAUGACUCAUACCUUCAAUUAGUGAGACACAGAAAAUGGCAUGAGUUUCAAUGGCAAGUUUGAAAAUAAGUUAUCGGAGCUGCCACUGGAAAUCCACGUUCACUGGAAGUUUGUGGAUUGGGAAAAAGAAAGGUAAGCUAAUUUAAAAAAUCUCCAUGGACAAAGAAAUGGGAAAGACGGAAGAAAAAAUACAGAAAAGGCUGGGGCGUCCUGGCACUGUGGCAAGAGGAGUCCUUGAGCCCGGGAGCUUGAAGCUACAGUGAGCUGUGAUUGUGUGUCCGGAAUUGGUGGGUUCCUGGUCUCACUGACUUCAAGAAUGAAGCCGCAGACCCUCGCGGUGAGUAUUAACAGUUCUUAAAGGUGACAUGUCGGGAGUUUGUUCUUUCUGAUGUUCGGAGUUUCUUCCUUCUGGUGGGUUCAUAGUCUUGCUGGCUUCAGGAGUGAAGCUGCAGACCUUCGCGGUGAGUGUUACAGCUCUUAAGGCGGCACGUCUGGAGUUGUUCGUUCCUCCCGUCCUGUCCCAGUGGGUUCCUGGUCUUGCUGGCCUCAGCAGUGAAGUUGCAGAUCUUCACAGUGAGUGUUACAACUCAUAAAGGCAGUGCACACCCAAAGAGUGAGCAGCAACAAGAUUUAUUGCAAAGCGCAAAAGAACAAAUCUUCCACACAGUGGAAUGAGACCCCAGGGGGUUGCCACUGCUGGCUGGGGCAGCCUGCUUUUUUACCCUUUUCUGGCCCCACCCACAUCCUGCUGAUUGGUCCAUUUUACAGAGAGCUGAUUGGUCUGUUUUGACAGGGUGCUGAUUGGUGAGUUUACAAUCCCUGAGCUAGACACAAAAGUUCGCCAAGUCCGCACUAGAGUAGCUAGACACAGAGCAGUGAUUGGUGCAUUUACAAACCUUGAGCUAGACACAGGGUGCUGAUUGGUGCAUUUACAAACCUUGAGCUAUACACAGUGCUGAUUGGUGUAUUUAAAAUCCCUUAGCUAGACAUAAAGGUUCUCCAAGUCCCCACCAGAUUAGCUAGAUACAGAGUACUGAUUGGUGCGUUUACAGACCUUGAGCUAGACAGAGUGCUAAUUGGUGUAUUUACAAUCCCUUAGCUAGACAUAAAGGUUCUCCAAGUCCCCACUCCACUCAGGAGCCCAGCUGGCUUCACCCAGUGGAUCCCGCACGGGGCCUCAGGUGGAGCUGCCUGCCAGUCCCCUGCCCUGCUCCUGCACUCCUCAGCCCUUGGACAGUGGAUGGGACCUGGUGCUGUGGAGCAGGAGCAGGCAGUGGCGCUCGUCCGGGAGGCUGGGGCUGUGCAGGAGCCCACGAUGUGGGGGAGGCGGGCUGCAGGUCCCCAGCCCUGCCCCGCAGGGAGGCAGCUGAGGCCCCGCGAGAGUUCGAGCGCAGCGCUGGCCAGCCGGAACUGCUGGGGGACCCGGCGCACCCUGCGCAGCUGCUGGCCCGAGUGCUAAGCCCCUCACUGCCUGGGACCGGUGGUGCCAGCGGGCUGCUCUCAGUGUGCGCCAGCUGAGCCCAUGCCCACCCGGAACUCGCGCUGGCCCGCAAGCACCCUGCGCAGCCCCGGUUCCUGCCUGCACCUCUCCCUCCACACCUCCCUGCAAGCUGAGGGAGCCAGCUCCGGCCUCCUUCAGCUCAGAGAGGGGUUCCCACAGUGCGGUGGUGGGCUGAAGGGCCCCUCAAGGGUAGCCAGAGUGGGCUCUGGCUACUGAGGCUGAGGAGGCAGCGACAGCGAGUGAGGGCUGCCAGCACGCUGUCACCUCUCAAUUGCACCACUGCAGUCCAGCAUGGGCGAGAAAGUGAGACCCUGUCUCUUAAAAAGAAAAAAAAAAAAAAUCCCCUGGAAGGAAAAACUCCACCACCAAGUACUAAGUUGUCAAGUGAAAUUCUGGAAACCUGGAAGUUAUCAACACCAGUUACAAAUCUGAGAGUGUCCAGAAAUGGCUUUGGCUUUGUGUGUGUGUGUCUGUGUGUGUGUGUGUGUGUAGAGAAAGGGUAUAGUGCCCCUUCAGAUUUGAUGGUGACAUUAAAGCAGAAUGAAAUGAAAUUAAGGAUGCUCUAGCACUUAAAGAGGAACAAGGCUGGGCGCGGUGGCUCACGCCUGUAAUCCCAGCAUUUUGGGAGGCUGAGGAGGGUGGAUCAGGAGGUCAGGAGAUCGAGACCAUCCUGGCUAACACGGUGAAACCCCGUCCCUACUAAAAAUACAAAAAAUUAGCCGGGCAUUGUGGCGGGCGUCUGUAGUCCCAGCUACUCGGGAAGCUGAGGCAGGAGAAUGGCGUGAACCCAGGAGGUGGAGUUUGCAGUGAACUGAGAUCCUGCCACUGCAUUCCAGCCUGGGGGACAGAGCAAGACUCAGUAUAAAAAAAAAAAAAGAGAGAGAGAGAAGAGAAGCAAAACAUGUUAACUCUCACUUCUCCCCAUCAUCACCAAAACAGACAUCAAAAAGACUGUACUUCCCUGUAGUGAAAGAAGAGUAUGCUACCCAACCAGAAAUUCAUUUCGUGAAAUGCAUAGGAAUUAAAAGAGAGAGAGAGAGAGAGAUUUGUAUUUCAAAUAAAGCUAUGUAACAAGAAAACAGAAAUGCAAAUCAAAACAUUUCAGAGGAAAAAUCUCUCAGAAAAAGAAUUGAAACAGGAGGAAACAAUAACACAACCUUCAAACCGGAAUUAAACAGCACUCAAACAUUCAGGCAGGCACUUAGAAAUCUAAAAAGUCCAUCUAUUAUCGGAAACCAAGAAGGAGAAAGUGGGGAAGGGCAGCAGUGAUGAGAGUUGACUUACAAAAUAAAGUAAAAUGGAAUAAGUUACAAUGUGUCGAGGAAUAAUAUGCCUGUCUGUUCCAGGCUGUACAGCUCUCCAGGUGACAUUGAAAAUUUUGAUAUGCUUCUUGUCGAUGUAUGAAUUGUACAUCCAUUUUGGAUAGCAGUUUGGCAUUGUCUUUUAAAAUUGAAGAUAUACAUAUGGAUAUCUAUCAUAGAGUAAUUCCGUGUACUCAUUAUGGGAAUAUGAAUCAUACAUCAAUUUCAUAUAGCAGUUUGGCAUUAACUAUUAAAAUUGAAGACACUAUACUCUGCCCUCAGAAUUCUAGCUCUUGCACAACAUAAUCUAGAGCAGGGAUCUGCAAACCACAGCCAAGUGGCCAAAUCUGACCUACUUUUCUAAUUUUGUAAAUAAAGUUUUAUUGGAACACAACUAUGUCUGUUUGUUUAUAUGUUGUCUAUGGCUGCUUUUAUGCAAAACAGGAGUUGGGUAGUUGCAACAGAACCCACAGUUGUUCCACAAAGCUGAAAAUACUGGCUCUCUGGCCCUUUAUGGUAAAAAUUUGCUGACGCCACCUAGUCUAGAGAAACUCUUGUGCAUAUGAAGAAACGUAGAGAAUGUUCAUAGUGUAAAAGUUGAAAACCUCACAAGUAUUCAUCACCAGUGUAACUAAACUAAAUUGGAAUGGUUUCCAGUAAUAGACUGUUUACUAUACAGCAGAGAAAAUGAAGAAAGUACAAAUAUAUGCAACCACACAAUUGCGUCGCCAAGUAAACUGUUGAGUGAGAAAAAGGAAGUAUGAAUACUAUAUUUCCAUUUGUGACAAGGUUAAAACAUGCAAACUAAACUAUUUGUAGUUUAGGGAAUCAUAUGUAUGAAAUAAAACAAGGGACAAGUUAAGUUGGUGUCACGUUUGUCAUUAGAGUACAGAAAAAAAAACAAUCAGAGUGGCUCCUACUGGGAGUGUCAAGCAUAUGGACAUAUUUUCUUUCUCUGGUGAGCCAAGGCUGUUGGCUUAUAAUCAACAUUUGCAUUGUGCUUUUUUGUUUGUUUGUUGUUUUCAAAAAUUGCUUCAAAUCUUAGAUCAAAUACUUAUUGCCUUUUUAUCAAGAGAAAACUUACCUAACACUAUUAUCUUAUCAUCUCCGCAAAUUAUGAUUUUCUAUUGACUUUUUAGCAUACCUAGCAUAUACACGGAUGUGGACAUUUCUCAAUGCUGAAUUGUUAAUUUUCUAUGUAUUUCUGAAGGAAUUAGCUAGAUGCAUUUAUACAUGACAUAACACACACACACUUGCAUAUAUAUAUAUACAGUUAUACUCCAUAUGUUUAGAGAAUAAUUAUAAAGAAUUGCACAGGGAACAUUGCAUGAGGCUUGGUGUCAUAUGUCCUUGGUUAGGUUAUGACUCUGCCUCCUGCCUAUGGGGUGAUCCCUGAGGGUUCCUUCAUUUGAGUGCUUUCCCCCGUGAAAUGAGAAUACAGUAAUCAUAUCUACUUUUCUUUUUUUGGGUGGAUAAAAUAAUGCUUGGUGGUCAUUCACAUAAGGAAUAUUUUCAAUUUCACUUCCAGUCUCAGGCGUGUGCUGUCUGCCU